AUGGCCUCUCAAGCGCUCGUCCUAGCAACCAACUCCACACUGCAACAAAAACCCGCACCCAUAGUCCCUCACAACUCGCCAACCCAACAACAACAACAAAAACCCUCAGCCAACAAAUCAGGAGGCUUCUGCCUCAAGAAAGGCCUCGAUAGCCUCACCGAGAUGCUUGAACGCAAGAUCGACCACCAGAUUCUUCUCGCAAAGACCCGAGCUCAUGCCGCGUCAUCAUCACAAGAGACACCUGCCGGUCGCGAUUCCAAACACGUGCACUGGGAAACACGCAGCAAGCUUCAGCAGACAGCAGCAUAG